AUGGCAUCUCUUUCAACUACAUGUGUUGCCCGGUUUGGCUCUUGCCUAACACACGGUUUCAAGAACGACCAGGGAACUAAGAUAAUUCAAGGUCCAAAUGUGGUAUCUAUAAGCUGGGGGAAAAGAGCCACCGCCAGCCGCCGUUUCCAAAUCUCUUGCGCGGCGAAGCCUGCGACAGUGGAUAAGGUUGUUCAAAUUGUCAAGAAGCAAUUGGCUUUACCCGAAGAAUCUCAGAUCACUCCCGAUACUAAAUUUUCCGAACUUGGAGCUGAUUCUCUUGACACCGUAGAAAUUGUGAUGGGGCUGGAAGAAGAGUUUGAUAUCAAUGUGGAGGAAGAGAGCUCAGACAGCAUAACAACUGUCCAAGAAGCUGCUGAUUUGAUUGAGAAACUCGUUGAGAAGAAGGGAGAAGCCUAG